AUGAUUGUCUUAAAUGAAACCGACUGGUCAAUCUGCCAGUAUGAAAACGUAACGCAGUUAAAGCUGCUUACCUUACAAACCAUGAACUGUUACGUCAACCCGAUAGUGUCCAUCCUUGGAUUCAUCGCCAACAUGAUGAGCAUUGAGAUCUUGAGACGCAGUGGACUCAGCAAACCUUCCAACAUUCUUCUCCUGGGCCUCGUCGUCUCAGACAGCAUGUCCCAGCUGACCACCAUGAACUUCGCCAUCAUCUUGGAAACGUUUGGUCCUAACUGGGAAUACCCGGAGCUGUGUGGCUGGCAGUAUGGAGACGGCUUAAAUUACUUUCUCUUCGUGUUCAACAUAAUUUUUAAAUUUCUUGGGUUCUGGGGUCAAUACGUCAACACUGCAGUGCCAGUUCUUAUUGUCGUAGAGAGAUUUUUAGCUGUUUUUAAACCCCUGACGUUUAGGAAAAUUAUAACCAGAAGAAAGGCGAUUACAUCGGUUGUGUUUACUUAUUUCAUGUGGUUGCCUUGGGCAAUUACCUGGAUGUCCAUGUACAGACUGCACAUUUUAUUGUCAAAGGUCAUGGUUAUGAGCAAUGACGUAGCCGAUAUCAAUGACGUUACGGCUUUUAAUGUUUUUUACUUUUACAUCUGUGACAUUAUGACAUCAUGGUUCCCAAUGACAUUUGUUCUGUUCGGCUGCAUUCUGACUUGGGUCAAAGUCAAAAUGACCUUAAGCCAACGUAAAAAGUUGACGUCUGCUAAUCAACGCGUGCAAUGGUCAAACAAAACGAUCAGAACCCUCUUGACCACGUGCGUUAUUUUUACGACAACAAGAAUUAUCUGCUCUUUAAUGAACUAUUUGAUUCGUGGCGAUGAAGUCCUGAUUGCCUACAUUAAAAUUGAAUUCGUCAAUCUUGUAUUCUUAAUCAACUCGUCCAGUAACUUCUUUGUGUAUGUCUUUUCAAACAGGAAAUUGUUCAUAAUAUUUAAACAAAUCAUACAUUUGGACAAGAAAGAAUGA